GCGGGAUGUGGGGCGGCGUGCGGGCCCGCGGCGGCGGGCUGGCGGCAAGGCUGCUCGGCACGGCCCACGGCAGGGCCCGCAGCAAACAGGAACUCUUCAGCACAAGCAGUCUGCUUUCUAAAGACAAAGAUAAAUCUGCUGCUUCCAAAGACAGCACACCUGAAGGGGCAGCAAAGAGGCAGGAGGAUGGAGCAGAAACACCAAAGCAGCAGCUGUUAGACAUUAUUGGUGAUAUGAAGGUGGAGGUGAGCUACAGGAAGAAGCUCCAGCAAUUAAAAGCCAGUGAGAGCAAGAAGCAAGCUGUGAGCAGGCUGGAAGGCCCAGACAGGAAAGGUUCUGUGCCUCAGGGAAUUACAGAAGACACCCAACGUUUAAAUCCAGAACUGGUGAAGGCUGCUUCUGCAGUUGCAUCUUCCCUUCUACGCAACAAGAAACAGACAGAAUCAGAGCUCCUUGCACAGCUAAGAAGACAUGAAGAAACCACAGAUAAACAGAAGAAGGGGGGCACUAUUAACCUACGCAAUGUUAUUUCAGAAAUGGCAGUUAAAAGGCAAGCCCCAGAGCAGUGGGGUGCGAGGCUGUCCGGUCGCAUUUCCUUGCAGUUGGAUGAGGAUGGUCAAAGAACAAGGCCUGGAAGGUCAUCAGCUCAGAUGGACUCCAGAAGAAGUCUCAAAGUAGGAAAGAGGCUUAAUAUAUUCACUAAGGCUUCUACAGAACCAGAGCAUGCACUGAAAACAGUAUCUUCGCCAACAAUUUGGGAUCUGGAGUUUGCAAAGGAGAUUGCAGCAGUAACUGCACAGCCUCCCCGAAAUGGUUUUGAGGAGAUGAUCCAGUGGACAAAAGAAGGAAUACUGUGGGAGUUCCCAAUUGACAAUGAAGUUGGGAUGGAGGAUGAUGCUGAAUUUCAUGAACAUAUCUUUCUGGACAAACACCUCGAAGGCUUUCCCAAGGAAGGACCUAUCCGCCACUUCAUGGAACUAGUCGUCUGUGGGCUUUCAAAAAACCCAUACCUCAGUGUUAAGCAGAAGGUUGAACAUAUUGAGUGGUUUCAGAAGUAUUUUGAGGAAAAGAAGGAACUUCUUCAAGAGAUUUGAGAUUUGGGAAAGUGCUUACCCUUGAAAUGAAGAAGUUAUGUGUCAGUGCAUAGUGAUCAUGUGGCCUGAAAUUGUAUUUUAAACAAUAAACUCAAAGGUCGUCUUUUGUUACAU